CUAAUCUACCUUGUCCUGAUUGUGAUCGUCCAAGGAUAUCAUAUGGAUGGUGUAGGAAAUGUGAAUCAAGAUGCAUGGAAAAAAACUUUCCUUUCUGGACAAGUGGAAACAGUGAAUUAGAUAAAUUAAUUCAACGUAGUCAGAUUUCAGCAGUACAAACUUGUGAUUAUUUGGAAUUUAUAAAAUUUGAAGACAUAGAAAUUAGUAAAUUAAUUGGCAGAGGAGGUUUUAGUAAAGUAUAUAAAGGUGUUUGGAUAGAUGGACCGAGAUGGAAUUGGGAUGAACUUGGGGACAUUUGGUGUCGUAGCGGGCCAAUAGAAGUUGCUCUAAAAGAACUAGAUAAUUCUCAAAUAUUAUCAUAUGAAUUCCUUGAUCAGACUGUUUUGGAAUUACAAGAAAUAAUGAAACUGGCUGUUAUAUAUAUGGUGGAUAUGUUAUGGGGAAUUGCGAGUGGACUGGAAAAAAUACAUUCAGAAAACCUAUUUCAUUCGAAUCUUCAUGGAGGAAACCUUUUGAUCGAAGAUGAAACCAUUUCAACGGAUGCAAAAAUUGCCGACAUUGGACUUCAUGGAAAAGCCGAUAAAGCCCAUGAUUUAAAACUUGCCUAUGAAAUUUGUUACAAGAACUUACGCCCGGAGAUAGGUGAAGACCUUAGAUCUGAAAUGCCAGCAGAGUAUCAUGACCUGAUGACUCAAUGUUGGGACUCAUUACCAGAAAAUCGACCGACAGCAAGUAAAUUAAAUGAAACAUUGGGUAAUUGGAUUUCUGACAUUUGUGAUAACCCAAAUCCUUCAGAAAUUUCAAAUAGUUUUGGCGAUGCAGAAGAGAAAAGGUGGGAACUCAUCGGUAAACAAAACGAAGAAAAAAAUUUUCCAUCCAAUUUUGUUCACGAGGAGGCUAUUUACACUA